AUGUGUUCAAAGCUCUUCUUAAUCUUCCUCCUCUCAGCGGUGCUGCUGAAGGCGGUCCAGACGACCGACUUGGAAGGAAUCGGCUGGGAUCGUUUCACCAACCUCGGCGACAAAGAGGAAGACUGCAAUGGCGGUCGCUGUUUGUACGGUCUUGACGUGAAUUUGAGGGAGUCCAGUAGUCGGCGUCGACAGUUUGAAUACAGUGAGUCCGUCAGUUAUGCAUGCCUUAGGCCCGACGCGGUUCCAUGCGGCUAUCGUGGCCAUUCUUAUUACAAUUGUCGGAAGGGAGCUUACGUUAAUCCUUACACCCGUAGUUGCGACGUCAUAUCUCAGUGUUACAGGAGAACUAGUUAA